GUUAUCCACAAUUUACAUGCAAGGCAGUGAUGCAAACAAGCCCGCUGGAAAAUAAAAGGAUUCUUGUGUGGCUGCCUUUUGGAUAAAAAGGCCCCUGUCUCUCUUCGCCCACUAUGCGGAGGCUUAACGAUACCGACGGCGUCCGCAUAGGUCGUAUAUAAGGGAUAUUUUAUGGAAGCUGGGACGAGGGAGAGGUUGUGAGGCUGGGGAGUCGGGACAUCGGCUGAGCUGGGGAGGGCAGCGUUAGCCUGCUAGCUCUCGUGACAGUAACAAUUAAAAAGGAAGAGUGACUUUUCCGUACAACCACCGUUGGCUUGGUCAUCAUCAUGGCUACAAAUGGUAACAACAUAACGCCUGGGAUGGGAGAGAUCAUCCAGUUAAACGUCGGUGGGACAAGGUUCAGCACCUCCAGACAGACUCUGAUGUGGAUCCCAGACUCUUUCUUCUCAAGUUUGCUGAGUGGAAGGAUAUCAACUCUUCGAGAUGAAACUGGAGCUAUAUUUAUUGACAGAGACCCAACAGCUUUUGCACCAAUUUUGAAUUUUCUCAGAACCAAAGAAUUGGACCUGCGAGGUGUCAACAUCAGCAUCCUGCGGCAUGAAGCAGAGUUCUAUGGGAUAACUCCUCUAGUACGGCGCCUGCUGCUGUGUGAGGAACUGGACCGAUCAUCAUGUGGUAGCGUUCUCUUCCAUGGUUACCUGCCUCCCCCAGCCAUCCCUGCCCGCAAGUCCAGCCCUGCUUUAGCAGCCUCAGGCCCCUCCUCUGAUGAACGGCCGGGUCCAAGUGGAGCAGAGGGCUUCACCCGUGUUGGUCCCCCUCCUCACCCAUCCCUCUCUGGCACACCUGGAACAGAUGACAACCACAAACUGGGUCCUGUGGUUGACCCCAGGAAGGUGCUGAUUAUAGCGGGACACCACAACUGGAUUGUAGCAGCUUAUGCACACUAUGUCAUCUGCUACAGGAUAAAGGAAUCUUCUGGAUGGCAGCAGGUGUUUUCGUCGCCCUACCUUGACUGGACCAUUGAACGCAUCGCCCUUAACGCCAAGGUGGUGGGUGGCCCGCAUGGAGACAAGGACAAGAUGGUGGCUGCCGCCUCUGAAAGCAGCAUCAUCCUCUGGAGCAUCCAAGAUGGAGGCAGUGGAAAUGAGAUAGGUGUAUUCAGCCUCGGUGUACCUGUGGAUGAUCUCUUCUUCAUUGGAAACCAGCUGGUGGCUACUAGCCAUACAGGGAAGGUUGGGGUGUGGAAUGCUGUCACACAGCAUUGGCAGGUUCAAGAUGUGGUUCCUAUUACCAGUUGUGACACAGCGGGAUCUUUCCUACUACUGGGCUGCAACAAUGGUUCCAUCUACUACAUAGACAUGCAGAAGUUUCCACUGAGGAUGAAGGAUAAUGAUCUCCUAGUGACAGAGCUUUAUCACGACCCGUCAAAUGAUGCCAUCACUGCCCUGUCUGUCUACCUCACACCUAAAACCAGUGUGAGUGGGAAUUGGAUAGAGAUAGCCUAUGGGACCAGCAGCGGUGCAGUGAGAGUGAUCGUACAACACCCGGAGACGGUGGGAUCGGGCCCCCAGCUCUUUCAGACAUUCACUGUGCACAGGAGCCCCGUGACAAAGAUUAUGCUGUCUGAGAAACAUCUGGUAUCGGUAUGUGCGGACAACAACCAUGUUCGGACGUGGACGGUGACCCGGUUCAGAGGGAUGAUCUCCACCCAGCCAGGAUCCACCCCUCUGGCUUCCUUCAAAAUACUGUCCCUAGAGGAGACGGAGAGCCAUGGGAGCUACGGCUCUGGGAAUGAUAUUGGUCCGUUUGGAGAAAGAGACGACCAGCAGGUGUUCAUACAGAAGGUGAUCCCCAUCACCAACAAACUCUUUGUGAGGCUCUCAUCUACUGGAAAGAGGAUCUGUGAAGUGCAGUCAGUGGAUGGGACCACCAUCUCUAGCUUCAUGGUGCGGGAGUGCGAGGGUUCGAGCCGCAUGGGGUCCCGACCUCGGCGCUACCUGUUCACUGGUCAUGGCAAUGGCAGCAUCCAAAUGUGGGACCUUACCACUGCCAUGGACACUGCUAACAAAGGAGAAGAGAGGAAGAGAGAAGAUGUAGGUGGUCCUACAGAGGAGGAGCUGCUGCAGCUGUUGGACCAGUGCGACCUGAGCACCUCCCGCUGUGCUACACCAAAUAUUAGCCCCGCCCCCUCUGUGCUGCACCACACACGCCUCAGAGAAUCAUGCUCAAGUCUGCAGUUACAGGCCCAGGAGCCCAUUCCUGAGAGCCAGGCUACUUAUGGAGCUGUGCGACCCUACAGAGAGAGCCCCCUGCUGGCCCGCGCUCGACGAACUGAGUCCUUCCACAGCUACAGAGACUUCCAGAACUUCAGCCUGAGUCGAGGUGUCCUGGACAGCACAGGCCAGACAUCCACACUGGGCCCAGGCCAGACCCUUGAUGUCCGCCGUUCGCUCUGUGACUUCGGGCCUGAGGACAGUGAGAGGAGAGCCACUGCGAUGGAGUUCUGGGCUUGCCGAACAGCCAGUUCAAGCUCGAACACAGUUAUUGGUGCUGUGGCGACCGCUGGUGUUUCCGGGGUGAAGACAGAAGGCAGUCAAGAGUCUCCACGACAACCUCCUGACAGCCCGAUUCCCGGAGGCGACGUUAGGCGGAAGGUGCUCCCACAGCCAGAGGAGGGAGAUGGUGUGGGGUCAGGGGGCGAGGGAGUGAAGGUGGAGGGAGGUGUGAGGAAGAGAGGAGUACUAGAAGGAGGCUUCCUGGGGAGAAAGAGGGCUCCUCCUGUCCCCCACCUCUCAUCCGUUCCAUCUGGAUCUGAAGGUGGUGGCAGCGACUCAUCUUCCAACGCCUCCCCCUCCCCAACCAAACUGUCCUCCUCCACCUCACCGCGACACAGGAAGCUGGCCCCUGAGCUGUCCAAUCAGGACAGCAGCCUGUAAUCCCAAUCAGAGGAAUCAUCAGAGGUGUCCUGUUGGCACAUGUGGCAGAUACGGGAGUUCUGGAUAUCACAGCAGAAAAGGAAUGUGUGCUUCAUCAAAGAAGACGCUCCCAUGCUUUAAUGAGUCUGUGUCUCAGGAUGAGUCUCCUUCUCUCAGCUGAAAAACCUUUUAUUUAAAACAUACAGCUUUUUUAAUUUAAGUCAGUUGAACGCAAACAUUUGGUGUCAUACCUAUCUGACAUGACCAAGCAAAAACAACAUCCCAACGCCAACAGCAUGCCAUCUCAACCCGGACAGGAAUUCAUUUUGUUUUUGAUUUUUUCGGGGUUUCAAGUUUGAUCACACUUGUAAUCUGCUGGGUACAACUGGAGCUCCUCUUAUCUCAGUGUGCUGUCGUUGAAACAGAUGAUGGGUGAUGAGGUUUAAGCCACCAAUCUGAUAACAAUUUCUCUCUCUGUUUCAUUGUUGUGCAUUCUACAUCUUAAACUUACAGUAACAGGAACGUGCAAAAGUCUGCUUUGCUAGGGCCCUGUACUAUGAAGCAGGAUUGGCAGUUAGCGAGGUAACCUCAGGGUUAAGUCUGGGUUUUCUGUGGGUUACUUCUUACUGGGGUCCUGUUACCUCCACAGUAACUGAACACCCAACCUGCUCAGGAGCAGGUCACGUUUGAGAUAAGAGAUCAACACAGACAAAUGCACUGUCUGCCGACCGAUCAGCUCUCUGGAAAGUGAAUAAUUAUAUAGAUCCUUUAUCAGAGGGACUUAUUUCUCUGUGUCAGCAUCUUGAGCUGUAUGUUUCAGACCAAUGCUUACUGUCCAGCAGGCUGUCUGCACGUCCACUUCCACCACUGAAGCACAAAUGCCUUGUACAUACUUGUACUCAUUAGAUUUGAAAUUGAACCUCAUCACUGCUUUGAAUUAUGGUUUUAUAUUUACAGGUGAAAGAAUAAGGCUGUCAAAAUUGUCCAAUGAGAAUACAUCCAAUCAAUACAUUAAUUUAACGGAGUACACAAAUGUAAUCUUGUGCCCUAUGGGGUGCAGACAUUGACUUUUGGAGCAUCAAGCUCUUUUGCAGACUUUUUCCCACCGUCGUCUGGAUGAACGUCUUGGUUAACCGUUUUGCAGUGACAUUGCAUUCACACAGUCGUGUUUUUUCCUUCCUGCAUUAAGAAGCUGUAACUGUGUUUGUGAAACACAGUAGACUUCUCCAUAUUUGUGAUUGGUCAUACACUGCAAUCCUCGCCCUAGAUUGGAAAACCCUGAGUUAACUCACCGAGCUGAUAAUCCGCAUCGUCGGAUCGUUUAGCCCGAGUCUGGCUGUUAGAUGAAGCUAGAUAACAGAAAAAUACCCUCGCUUCAGAGUACAGGGCCCGGGUACUGUCAAGGGUGUGUUGUUGAAGCACAAGUCUUAUGCCACUGAUGUGUAGCUUCAAUUAUUAAGGUUCAUCUAAAUCAAAAGAACAAGCACAUAUAAGCACAGCACAGUACCAGAUAGAACACUUUCUAAGGAACACUUUAUCUUGUUAGGUUCUUAGACGGAUACUGGAAACAAAAUUGAAUUAACAAAGGCACAGUUUGUACUUUGAUCAGAUAUAAAGUGUUUUUAUUCACUUAUAAUCCUGACCUAAAACAGUCUUAAACAAAACACCAGCUUUUAAACACAAAACUAACAAUUAGUUUCAUUAUAAGAAACCUAAAAAACACACAAAAAAUGUUGUCAAUUUACAAUAAUAUAAAAGAGAAAAAAGCUGAAACCAGCAGAUGUUCAAUAUUUUUUAUCAAUUACAUUUUUUGGGGAUUGACCAAAUAAUUAAUUGACUGAUCGUUUCAGGAUCUCAAAAGAAUUGGCCAAUGAAUGAGGUCAAGUGUCUCUGACAGUAUGUGCAUUCUGUCCUCAGUGUGUUUUUACUUCAACAUACCUUAAACAUGGACCUUUGACAGAUAUUUGAACCCUGAUGUGUAUCCACUCUGCUGCAGCCACAGACACAAUGCUUUUUGUUGUUGGAGCAAUGAAACAAAAAGCUAACAGUCAGCCAGCAGUGAGGUCAUUUUGCAGCUCCAGCACGCAGUAAAACCUUCCUGUGUUUGUCUGACAGCUCAAUGACAACUAUGCAACAGUGGAGUUAAGAUACUAACACUGAUUUCAGCAUAAAGGCUUCAGGAUUGCUAAAUAGUGAUACGGUGAUGUUGGCCUGCAACAACGACUCCUCAUGUGAACAGGUGCCUGCUUUUCACUACAGCCGGCUAUUUGGAUUUUCACUUCACACUUUGCAUUAUUAUCUCCACCAAUGAGGUCUUGUUUUCAGUUUAUUAGUUUGUUUGUCAGCAGGAUACAGAAAAACUUAGUUGUCUGAUUUUCAUGAAACUUGGUGGAAAAGUAUAGCUUUGGCCAAGGAAGAACCCAUUCAAUUUUGGUGCAGAUCUGAAUCAUGGAGAGAUACACAAAUUAGUAGUUUAUGGACUUAGCAGAGUGCCCUUUAAGUAAACAUAUGUAGCAUAACAGCCUCCAUGCUCCUCAAUAAGCAACACAAAAACCUGUUUGUGCAACAUGUGGUGUGCAGACAUUUUGACUUUUCAUUCAAGAAAAGCACAGAUUAAAUUUAUUUUAUCAGCGAUUGCUUGUUUCAGUCGAGUGUCCCAGUCAUGACAGUGAGCCAGCAUGCACAAAGCCAGGACCCUGAAACAAAGUCACCCAAAUGUAAUACAGCCAUUUUUAACUGUAUCUGUUGCACCAGUGCUUUUCCUGCUAUGACAAGCCAAAAUAUCAAUUUAACCAACCGAGCAAUUUGAGGAAUCGUAAAAAAAAAAAAAAUGUUCUAAAUCAAAUUCAUGGCAUAUGGCAGCUUACAGUUUGAGGAAAGUUUUAUGUUGUUUGUUUCCAAAAGGAUCACAUUCAGACCACACACAUAUAUAUAUAUAUCAAAUAUACAACAAAAUGAGUUUUAAUGCUCUGUCAGACACACAAUAUAGGACUUUUUCCAUGAUGUCUGAACAGAAAGAAAACAUUUUUUUUUUAAUUUAUCACUGUUCAGUCAGCUAGAAAAAGAAACUAAGUUCAGUCUGUUUUGUUUCACAGUGGUGCCUGUGCAAGAGAACACUUAUUAACUUUUUUUUUUUUUUUUACAGUAUCAUAAUAUAACCACACUCAGCUCAAUACAAGGACCUGGUACACUACAUCACUUUACUCCCGUUGGUUGAAACAGAUUUAAUGUGUCUUGUUUUGUUUCAGAUGAUUGUUGCAGUGCCUUAUUGAACUUGUUUGAUAGUUAUCAGCCUGUUUGUGUGUUUUCACUGAAAAGGAUUCUGACCAAAGGCUUGUGAAGACUGUGGAGACAGAGAAUGGACCUGUUCACUUUGUCUCAUGUUAGAUAUAUUACACCAGGCCAAUCACAUUUUAUGAGUGGUCACUUGAAUUAAUAGGCAUUAGAGGACAUAUUAAAUGAUCAACAUUUAUUGUUAAUUGCACAUAAUCUCAACAUAGAUUAAAAACUGGAAAGUCCAUCUUAGUCAUGAUAGAGUUUUGAGUGAAGGCCUGAAAGUUAAAUGGCAGCAACUUUAAUUAUUACAGUCAUUUUGUGAGUUAAACCUGCUUCUUUACUGCUUGUACCCAUGUGAAAUAUCCACUCGCUGUUUAUUUGGCCAGCUCUUGAUUUAUGGUACUAUUUUUUUAUAAUCUUUGUGGGGACAACUGUAAAAUUUGUGACAGUAAAAGAUAAUUAGAGCUAGAAAGAAUGUCCUAAAAUGUUAAUUAUAAUUUGCCAAAUCCAGCAGCUAUAUAACCUCUUAAGUUGUUUUUUCUUCAUUUCAACAUCAACAGAUGAACUGACCAUGUGGUCCCCGUCUGUACAAACAUGUACAUUUUAUACACUAAUUAACUGUAUGAAAAGUAGACAAACAUAUUCUAAACAAAAUCCUAAUGUGGAUGCAUUGAUGUGUGUUACAGUGUGUCGAUACUUACAUUGUUGUUCAUUACAUAUUGUUGAUAAUCAUAUAAUGCCUAUACUGAUAUUACCAUGCUAUUGGACCUAACUGCAUUUGCACUUGCACUAUUAACACUAAUAUUAAAGUAAAUUGCUAUUGUUUAUUUUAUAUAAAAAAAAAUAUUGUGUUAUUUCAGCACAUAAGUGUUUGUCUGUCCUUACAGUAUCUGUCAUCCCUCAGUUCCUCUCUGGCUAUGUUUACAUUAUAUUACAGCCAGAAUAUAGUGAGCUACAAGGAAUACAUAUGUUUGUUUAAACUGACCUGUACAACAAUGUUUUACAUUGUGUAUGUUAGAAAUGCUGCAUUGUGUGACAUGUGCUGACCCAUGAUCAAUAUAAUGUCGACAUUGAACAUGUCAGAGCCUCAAUGUCCAUGCAAUUUAAACUAAAACUGUGUUCACUAAAACCUCUCAACGCUGGACAUGUUUCCUUUAUUUUCUCAGAGCAUUAAGAGGUAAAUCAACAGUGAUGAAAUAAAGUUGUGUUGUCAUUUUUC